CGCCGUCCGCUGGCCUCGGGCGAGGAGGGCUGUGGGGCAUCCUUCUGGCAGUCCCCUGGCAGCCACGGUACUGUCCCGGAGCGCCAGACCUCUCGUCCGAACGUGCCCUGAAGGACUUAGAAGACACCUGCCCUCGCGGACAGCGUGCUAGGCACCCUCCCGGCUUGUCGGCAAUUCACGCCCACGAGAAUCCCGUGAGACAAGAGCACUGUUAACCCAUUUUACAGACGAGGAAUCCCCAGCCUCAGGGUAUAAGGUCUGAGAGGAGCCAGCGGGGAGCUGUUGAGGCCACCCUGGUGGUGGCAACGUACCUCCCUCAGGCACGCUGACCGCAGGGCCUUCCCUACCAGCCACGCUGUCCAUGGAGUUUGCUGCUGGAGCCAUCGGAGGCGUCUGCGGUGUUGCUGUGGGCUACCCCCUGGACACGGUGAAGGUCAGGAUCCAGACAGAGCCCAAGUACACGGGCAUCUGGCACUGCAUCCGGGACACGUAUCGCCGAGAGCGGGUGUGGGGCUUCUACAGGGGCCUCUCGCUGCCCGUGUGCACCGUGUCCCUGGUGUCGUCCGUGUCUUUCGGCACCUAUCGCCACUGCCUUGCACAUGUCUGCCGGUUCCGCUAUGGCAGCGCCGACGCCAAGCCUGCCAAGACGGACAUCACGCUCUCUGGAUUCGCCUCCGGCCUCGUCCGCGUGUUCCUGACCUCGCCCACCGAGGUGGCCAAGGUCCGCCUGCAGACGCAGACGCACACGCAGAUGCAGACGCAGCAGCGGCGCCCCUCGGCCUCGGGGCCCUCGGCUGCGCCCCCCACGUGCCCUGCGCCCGCUGUGGGUCGGGCGCCAGGGCCCAAGUACCGCGGGCCGCUGCACUGCCUGGCCUCGGUGGCCCGGGAGGAGGGGCUGCGCGGCCUCUACAAGGGCAGCUCGGCCCUGCUUUUCCGGGACGGUCACUCCUUUGCCACCUACUUCCUCUCGUACGCCGUCCUCUGUGAGCAGCUGACUCCCGCUGGCCGCAGCCGGCCAGACGUCUUGGGCGUGCUGGUGGCCGGUGGCUGUGCAGGGGUGCUGGCCUGGGCCGUGGCCACCCCUAUGGACGUGAUCAAGUCGCGCCUGCAGGCGGAUGGGCAGGGCCAGCGCCGCUACCGGGGCCUCCUGCACUGCGUGGUGACCAGCGUUCGGGAGGAGGGGCCGAGGGUGCUCUUCAAGGGGCUGUCGCUCAACUGCUGCCGCGCCUUCCCCGUCAACAUGGUGGUCUUUGUCACCUACGAGGCCGUGCUGAGGCUCAUGCAGGGCCUGCUCUCAUAGCUGGCGCCCAUCCCCCGGGGCCAACCCGCCAGCAGCUUCCAGAG